CAACAACUUUUCAAAGAAACAAACAAAUAGAGAAAACAAUACAUUCUCUCCUCUCUGAAUCCUUCAAGUCUCUAGCUAGCUCUUGCAAGAGACAAAGUCAUGGGGUUCCUUAAAGCGAUAUUCGUCAUAACAAUAACCAUGGCUUUGUCCAUUGCAGCACUCGUCACAAUGAAAAACAUCACCACAACCAAAGAGGAAUCAGCAAAACCAUUCCUACCUUCAGACUCACAACCACUAAUGGCUCAUGAGAAGAACACACUCCUUCCUUCAAAGAGGGUGAGUCGGUUCCUCGCUCAAAAGCCAGCCUAUCCUUACCCUUAUCCUGAUGCUUCCAAUUAUCCGGUCGUCCAUUGCCAGAAGGACAACGAGAUUUGCGCCUCAUUGAGCAACAGCUAUUACAACUCCACUUGCUGCAACAACAAGUGCAUGGAUGUGAGCUAUGACAAGCAUAAUUGUGGUGCGUGCAAGAAGAAGUGCAAGUACACCACCACAUGUUGUAGAGGCCAAUGUGUUGACAUCAACUUUGACAAGAGGCAUUGUGGCGGUUGCAACAACCGCUGCGAAACUGGUCAGUACUGUACCUAUGGAAUGUGCGGUUACGCUUGAGGACUCAGAUCAUUCAGUGUGACAUAUAUCUAUCUAUUUAUAUAUAGUCUUUUAUUAUAUGAGGUUUGUGAUUUAUUAAAAAAGAUUCAAUAAAGUAAACCACAUUUUUGGUGGUUCUUAAAAUUACACCAAUAGCAUAUAGUGCUAGCUGCUUAAAUUUGCAGUCUUCCAAGUGUUUCAAAAUAAAUGCUGUGAUAUUCCUAUAAUUAACUCAAAAAUAAAUACAUGUAUCUAUUAUCGGUCACAAA